GCUGCUGUGAGUGGAAGGCUGAGCGGGGCUGAGUCACCGCAUGUGUGAGAGCGAGAGAGAGGCAGUCUGGAUUCACAGCGAGCAGAGGAGCAGAGGUGAUCGCACACCAGCGCAGGAUAACAGCACCAUGAUGGGUUGACUCAGGAACGGGGAGGAAGCAAUCGGAGGAAGGUUCGGCGAGAGAGAGAGAGAGAGAGCGCAGAACGCCCGAGAGUGUGGAAGACUACCUUCAACAGCCAUCGCUCACUGCUCUCAACUAUGGAGACCAACAAAGUUCUUCAUUUCGUGCCCUCAGAGGCCCCUCCCUCUGGAAGGUCCAAGAACGGCUACUUCUUCCAGGAAAUGGAGCAGAGGGAGGCGGAGCAGGAGGACGGCAGCGAGAGCCAGGAGAAGGGAGAGGAAUCCCCCAUCGCCUGCAGUGACAACAUCCAUCUCUAUGACAACCAGAGCAUCCCCGGACCAGACCCAGAUGACUCAGGCUGUGUGUUACUGAACACUUCCAGAAGGUAUGUGACCCUGAUGAACUUUGAGGAGGAGGUGCGUGCCCACCGGGACCUGGACGGGUUCCUGGCGCGGGCCAGCAUCCUGCUGGACGAGACGGCGGCGUCCCUGGACGACGUGCUGAAGCGCAUGCUGACCCACGUGGCGCAGGACCCCCACACCGCCGAGCCCGGCUGCAACUUCGAGGAGGUGAUGAGCAUGCUGUUCACCGACGCCGGAGCGCAGGAAGUCAGCGGUGAGGCACGGCACCACACGCCCUGGAAGUCAAGUCUGUUUUUCUGUGCAGGGGGGGCGCUCAAGGGGCCUUCACAGGCACACACCUGACCACACCACCACCUUCUGCCCCCUCGCUCAGCGGGUCUUCGCUGGGGAGGGCGGGAGCUGACACACUUAACCAUUCAAACAUCUCUCGCUCCUCCUCUACCUCCAUCUCCUCUUCCUCCUGCUCCUCUAUCUCCUGCUCCUCCUCCUGUUCCUCCUCUAUCUCCUCCUCCUCCUCCUCUACCUCCUCCUCUACCUGGACGGUAUCAAGUGGGGGGGCAGAGCAUCGAGAACCUUAUUGUUUAGAAAGUAGUCGAUGAGCGAACUCAGGCUCGCUUCUUCACCGAGUUGCGCCCCAAUGGUUGCAGCUUUUUGUUUGCUCCAUGUUUUUAACAGAACAUGAAGGCAUCCUUUCUUCUUUUUUGGGAGACUCAAUGACCAAUGUGGGUCCUGAGGCUAGACCAGUUGAGAACCACUGCUCCCCCGGGGGAAAACAUAGCCCCCAAACCCAGAGAGAAGAGACCAUGAGAAGGCCCCAGGACAGAGAUCCCUCCCUCCAGGGGCGGCCAGCAGUUCAAUCAGGAGCGUUUGGCUAGACAUGUGAUGGCAGGACAGCCUGGCCUCCAGCAGAUGGAGGGACUCACGCCCAGUACAUAAAGGUACUGGGUUUGAUUCCCAGCAUCACCUAUAGGCAUCCUAGAGCAAGUAGCCUCUGCUCCUUAAUUACAUCAGGCAAGGGUUGUUCAAUUAAGCUCAUUCGGUUAGGAUGUAAUCAUCUGCUAAUUGACUAUCAUGUUAACACUUACGAUGAUGACGCUGAACAUCCUCCACAUUUAGUAAAACUAGCUUUUUUUUUAAUUCUUUGAAUUAAAGAAAAAGGAGGUUGAACCGAUUAGAACAGUAUUCACGCUCACACACAACGUAAUGUACAGAGCGCAUGUGUUCCUCUCAUACUUCAGCACACUCACGCCGAAAAGUCUUCCCUGUAACGCCGGCAAUCUGUCCAAUUCCGCCGACACUCAGGAAUGCUGCGCCGUUGUUCCCGGGAUUUAACAUCAUCGUUCCGGAACGUUGUGCCACAACGUUCCGCUCUCACUCCGGAGCCUUCCGCCGUGGUCCCGGAGUGUUCACGUGUGGUUGAACAAUGUUCCGUGGUGGUUCCCGAAGCACGGGUUGUUGUUGUAAAAUGGGUGGUUGUUUGCCACCGUUGUAACUAUUGACCCAUUACGUCAAAACGUUCACGUUUCCCUGAAAUAGGUAAUAGGUAAUAGGCCUCUGCUGGAGUCCUAGUGAUGGGAGGACAGAAUGGCGUAUUGACAGUGCCUUUUGUGACAACAACGCAUUUAUCCAUGAAAGAAGUGUUUAUUUUAUAAUGGAGGCAUGGUUAUGGUGA